AUGCCUCGUGCUCCAAAGCGACGGCGCUACAUGCUUGAGGAAGGCCAUCAGGCUCAAAGUGUUCCCAUGGCUGAGGAAGAGGAUGAUUCCUCUUCUUCCUCCACCUGCUCCUCCUUUUCCUUUAGCUGUCCUCUGAUCUUGAGCUCCCCAGAGGAGCUUUUUGCUCUUUCUGACACCCUGAGUCCUUCACAGAGCCUUUCAAGUGCCUCCCCCUCCCCGUCCCCCACUGCUGUUGUCUCUACUCCAUUGAGCCAAUCCGACAAUGGCUCCAGCAGCCAAAAAGAGGAGGGUCCGAGCACCUCACAGGCCCUGCCAGAUGCUGAGUCCUUUCCAAGAAAUGUGAUUAAUGACAAGGUGGGUGAUCUGAUAGAGUUUCUGCUCCUCAAGUAUCGCACCAAGGAGAUGACCACAGAGACAGAAAUGCUGAAUAUCAUCACCGAAGACUACAAGGACCACUUCCCUGUGAUCUUCAGUGAAGCCUCGGAGUGCAUGCAGCUGGUCUUUGGUAUUGAUGUGAAGGAAGUGGACCCCAGCGACCAUUCCUAUGUCCUGGUCACCACCCUGGGCCUCACCUAUGAUGGGGUGCUGAGCGAUGGGCAGAGCAUGCCCAAGACUGGCCUUCUGAUAUUUAUCCUGAGUAUAAUCUUUAUGAAGGGCGACUGUGUCCCUGAGGAGGAGGUGUGGGAAGUGCUGAGUGCGACGGGGGUAUAUGUCGGGAGGGAGCACUUUAUCUAUGGGGAGCCCAGGGAGCUGCUCACCAAAGUGUGGGUGCAGGAGGGCUACCUGGAGUACCAGCAGGUGCCUAACAGCGAUCCUGCAUGCUAUGAAUUUCUUUGGGGUCCCCGGGCCCACGUGGAGACCAGCAAGAUGAGUUUCCUGGAGUUUUUGGCCAAGAUCAAUGGAAGUGACCCUAGAUCCUUCCCUCUGUGGUAUGAAGAGGCUUUGAGAGAUCAGGAAGAGAGAGCCCAGUCUAGAAUUGCCACCACAGAUAAUACUACUUCCAUGGCUAGUGCAAGUUCUAGUGCCAUGUCCAGCAGCUUGUUCAGCCCUGAGUGA